AUGGCGAGCCGUCAAUCGAGAUUAGAAGCAGAAAGAUUAGCAAUGAUACAAAAAUCAAUUUCUCGUGGUAGGUCGCUAUCUCCGGGCACAGCAAACGGAGGGGGAGGGGGAAGUUUGCGCUCGCCGUCUAUAUCAACAGAAGAUUUCAAUAAAGAUUUAAAAUGGUCUAUAAUUAAUCACGACCCACUGGAAAGGAUCAAGAAACCAGAUAGCAAAGAAGAGGAUUAUUCUUGGGAGAAUGAAGUGAGUGAAGAAGAACACAUCAGUGACAAUGAUGAUUCGAACGAGAAGUUCCAAUAUGAUGAUACAGGAAAUAUUUUACCCAACUAUGCUUGUCAGGAUGAAAAGAUAGACGAGGUUAGCUCGAUAUUGGAACAUUCCAAUUUGGAUGACAAUUCAACGGUGAGGAGAUUGGAAGAGUUGACAGCUAAUGAAAGAGCUUUAGCAGCAGCAAGAAAUGCAGGCACAAAGAUUGACCAAGAUGUGUUGGAUAAGUUGGCUACCGAUAAGCAUAAACUAACUGGACUGGAUACAUUGAACUUGAAGAAGGCCGAUCAGGAUACCUUUUCAAGACGACAAAAGUUGGAAAACUACCAAGCUUAUAGGAGGAAGAUUAUUGACCAAGAAAAUGGCAUCACAUCACCACCGAACACGGCAUCUCCAACUAGAGAGGGCGAUGAGGACUUUAUGGUACCCUAUACUUCUGCAGUUGAAGAUAAAUUGGAUAGCGAGUUUGCUUCACGGUUGAAUGAAACUAUAAAAGAGGGAGAGGUGGAUUCAAAUAGAGCGCAUUCAAGGGUGAUACAAACCAUUACGAGGGGUAAUUUUUUCAACUUGGUAGACCCCAAGCUCAAGCCAAAAAUGUUUCUUACUUGCAUGGAUUUUUCACCGGAAUCGAUAUUCGCUUUGGAAUGGGCAUUAGGGACAGUUCUUGUUGAUGGAUCUGUAUUAUUUAUAAUUUGUGUGAUUGAGGAUAACGACAAGAACCAUCACAUUAAGGGGAAUGCGCAGAAUGAAAAUGCAAGAGAGCAACAAAGGCUUAGUUUAUUGAACAAAGCAAAGCAACAGGUGCUCAAUUUACUAAAAUUGACAAAGUUACAGAUCCACGUGGUGAUUGAGAUCGCACACCACCCAAUUCCAAGGCACUUAAUUUUGGAGUUCAUUGAUAACUUACAACCUACAUUGGUUGUAGUAGGCUCCAAGGGACAGAGUGCCAUCAAGGGUGUGUUACUUGGAUCUCUAUCUAAUUAUCUCGUUACAAAAUCUGUAGUGCCAGUGAUGGUGGUACGUGAGAAAUUGAAGAAGAUUAAUAGAUUCAAGAGUGGAUCCUCGUUGUUCUCAAACAACAUCAAACCGUUGACAUUAUCUGAGGCCAGGAUCGAUUAA